AUGGCUAAGCCUUCGAUGAUGUCGAGUAAGGUAUUACUCGAAAAUGGUCAUAUCCCCAUAGCCGACUUGGGACUGCAUGGCCAAUGUAUCAAAGAACCUAUUCAGGUUUCCAAGUGGUGCAAAAGGGCAGGCCUAGGUUAUCAUGGAGGCAAUUCUGGCGGCCGAGGUCAUGGAGGACGAGGCGAUUUCGGAGGUCGAGGUAAUCAUGGAGGCCGUGGUGGCAGUGGAGGCCAAGCUAAUUAUGGUGGCCGUAGAGGCAAUGAAGGUCGUGGUGACUAUGGAGGCCUAGCUAAUCAUGGAGGUUGCGGAGGUCGUGGAAGUCUAUUUGGAUUAGAGGAAGGUCAGAAGGGCUUACUUUUUCCGGAGUUGAAAGAGAUCUUCCUAGUUCCACCCAAGUUGUUGCAGGAAGAGGAGGGGGCCAUUCUUGGCCUAGUUGAUUUAUUCAAGGGAGAAUUUGCUUGUGCUAUCAUGGGAAGUGAGGAGACUGAGCCCUCUGCUGCUACUGCCAACCCUUACGAGUAG